ACUUGGUCUGGUCAGUGUUAGGGCUCCGUUGUGCUAACGGCGAAAGCAUGUCAUAAAUGCUGCAGGGCAACAAUCCCGAAAGUCGACACCCGGCUUUGAGAAAAACUACCUUUUGCUCGGACGCGCUACGAGCGCCCGACUAUUGCUCUGUUCUUCAGUUGCGCGAACCUGCAGUCGUUCGAUGACCGUUGUGGAGUGAUAAUCGCACGUAUCUUUUUCACAUCGGGUGUGUUGCCGUGGCAAAUUGAUAUUUCGCACGUGCGAUCCUGCGGUUGGAUCUACAAGUCAUCUCCGAAUUGUGCGGCGGCCACCGCGAGGGAUGCAGAAUCAGGAGCCACAGAUGCCGCCCAUGUCAUCGUCCAGGAUCUCGGCUUCGUCAAGCCGGAUUCUUUAUGAUAUCCCAUGCAAGGUUUGCCAGGAUCACUCCUCGGGUAAGCAUUACGGUAUAUUUGCGUGCGACGGAUGCGCGGGCUUCUUUAAGCGAUCAAUUAGACGGAAUCGUCAAUACGUGUGCAAAGCGAAGACCGAGGGCGCCUGCAUGGUGGACAAGACACAUCGGAAUCAGUGUCGAUCCUGUAGACUAGCGAAAUGUGUCGAAGUUGGCAUGAACAAAGAUGCUGUGCAACACGAACGAGGGCCAAGGAACUCAACAAUUCGCAGGCAAAUGGCUUUGUACUUCAAAGAACCCGAAGCGCUGGCCAGCAUGACGGUUCCAUCGCAAUCCACAAUUCUGAAUCUUGCACUACCGAAGAUAUCGGCCGAGACGCACGUGGCUGGACCGUCGCCCCAUUCUUCCAUCUCGCAUCCUAACUGCUGCUCGUUGACAAUGCCUAAGGUGUCGCCAACACCAGCAGGUCUGCCGGCGCUGCCGCGGUUGCCACCCUUGCCAUUCAUUACCCCGAUCACCCCGGAAGCCACGUGCGAGCAGGCAGCGAGAUUACUCUUCCUGAACGUGCACUGGACGCGUGAUCUGGCAGCGAGCACAGGCCUCGCGAUGGAGGAUCAGCUGGCGCUGCUCGUGUCCUCGUGGCGUGAUCUCUUCUUGUUGGCCACGGCGCAAAUGAUACCUAGCCUCGACCCCGCUGUUCUACUCUCGUCGAGGGGAAUGAGUUUGGCUGUCGAGGUAAACCGUUUCCGCGAGAUCAUCGCCAGCUUCCACAUGAUGCACCUGGACCAGCACGAGUACGCGUGCGUGCGGGCGAUGGUGCUGUUCAAUUCCGGCCUAGAGGGUGAAUCAGCGGCGACCGCCACGGUUGCCAGCCCCGCCAGCAAGCCAGGGCGACUCAAGGAAUUAGCCACCGUCGCCCAGCUCAGGGAUAGCGCGCAAUUGGCCCUGGGACAGCGGCUGAACGGAGAUGCUCUGAGGUUCGGCAAGCUGCUGCUGUUACUGCCCACACUGCGCACCGUAUCCGCGCGCGCUAUUGAGGAGUUAUUCUUCAAGAGGACCAUCGGCGAGAUCCCGAUCGAGAGGAUUAUGUGCGAUAUGUACAAGACUUAAAGUAUAAGACAUCUAAUUAACGUAAUAGUCGACGGGACGAUCAGGAUCGCGAGGUGUUUUAUGCUAUCAAUCGUCUAUUUCGCGUCCUUCUUCCGCUGCCUCCUUUUAAUCUGACAAGAGAAAUUAAAAUAUUAAUUUUAACGGUUAAUCUGCAGUAAAGAUACUGACGUAUCUGCAUGUAUAAACGCGCGAGGAGAGAAGAAUUUUUAUUAAACUUUUUAUUAAUUUUUAUUAAAUAAAAAGAAUUU